AUGAAAGCAGAAGUCAAAAAAGUUUAUUUAAGUGAUAUUCUUAUUAUUUUAUUUGAUGAUGGUGAAGUUCAUUCUUAUAGUGAUGUUAAAAAAGUAACUGAUUUAAAUAAUAAAUCAUUAUUUAAUGAUAUCAAAAAAGAUUCUCAAUAUAUGAGUUAUAAAUGCCAAUCUGGUGAUCAAAUUGUAAAGUUUGUAAACAAAGAAGAUGAAAUAGUAAUACCAUCAGAAAUAUUUAAUUUCUAUAUUAGAAAUAACUAUUUUUAUAGAAUUGGUUAUACAAAUGGACAAUCAUCACUUAUAAUUAAUGAUGAUAUGUUUUCUUAUAAGGGAGGAAUUGAAAUGAUUGAAUUUUUUAAGGGAAUUCCAAUAUUUUAUAUGAAAGGAUCUCCCACUUCUAAAUUAUUUAUUGGUAGUGAUGAAUUUAAAUUUCAUAAAAUAACUGAUUUAGCUAUUAAUGAAGAAUUUGUAGGUAUUUCUACAGUUAAUGGUGAGAUUCAUAUUUUUAAAUAUCAUCUACCGGUUGAAAAAGUUAGAAAAUUAACAACUAUCAAGGUGUCAAAUCUACCAGUCACUGGUAUUAGUUUAAAAGAAAAGCAUGUGUUUUAUAGUUUAUUAAGUGGGAAAGUUGGUAAAGAAUAUGUUGAAAAGAAUAAUUUUAAUUUUUAUAUAUUAAAUACUAUGAUUGUAUUAAUUAUUGCUAUAAUUAUUGGUAUUUAUUUUAAAAAAUAA